UCCCGUCAGUGAUUGCGCGCACUCCACACACGCACACACACGCGCUGCGGGUCUGCGAACUGCAUGUGGACGAGCUGCGGAUUUCCUCCAUUAUGUUGGGCGCAGUGAAAAUGGAAGGACACGAAACUUCAGACUGGAGCAGCUACUAUAGCGAUGCACAAGAGGUGUAUUCUCCCAUGGCGAACAGCGGUAUGAACGCUGGGCUGGGCUCCAUGAACAAUAUGAACGGUUACAUGAGCAUGUCGACCAGUGGAAAUAUGACUUCAAGCUCUUUCAACAUGUCUUACGCGAACACAGCUCUCGGUGCCGGACUGAGCCCGGGCACCAUGGCGGGGAUGACCGCGGGCGCCGCCGGUGCCAUGAACGGGAUGGGCGGCGGGGUGUCGACCAUGGGCACCGCUCUCAGCCCGUCCAACCUAAACGGCAUGACGGCUCAGCACAGCUCCAUGAACGCCCUGAACCCUUAUUCCAACAUGAGUCCCACUAUGAGCACCAUGGCAUACACCCAGACCAACCUGAACAGGGCCAGAGACAACAAGACCUUCAGAAGAAGUUACCCGCAUGCCAAGCCACCCUACUCGUAUAUCUCUCUCAUUACGAUGGCUAUCCAACAGGCACCGAGCAAAAUGCUUACUUUGAGUGAGAUUUAUCAGUGGAUAAUGGACCUGUUUCCCUACUACCGUCAGAAUCAACAAAGGUGGCAAAACUCCAUCAGGCAUUCUCUGUCUUUCAAUGACUGUUUCAUCAAAGUGUCCAGGUCGCCGGAUAAACCGGGAAAGGGCUCUUAUUGGGCCCUGCAUCCUGACUCUGGGAAUAUGUUCGAGAACGGCUGUUAUCUGCGCCGACAAAAACGCUUUAAAUGCGAUAAGAAGUUGGGGCCGGGUAAGGGCUCCGACGGAAAGAGGGACCAGACCAGUGGCUCGGGUUCGCCAUCGAGCGACAGUGCCAGCACCAAACCCGUACACAUGGAUUCCAGCUCUUUAACCUCUUCGAACCACUCGUCCAGUCCUCACAGUUUGGACCACAGGAGCGGCACCACCAACUCCGAACUGAAAAACCCCGGCCCACUGAUCCACCCCUUGUCCAGUUCGGCCACAUCUCUGUCCUCUAUACCUUUACCCCCUCACUCGAUGGCUCACGAGUCGCAGCUGCACCUCAAGGGAGACCCCCAUUACUCCUUCAAUCACCCGUUUUCCAUCAAUAAUUUAAUGUCCUCCUCAGAGCAACAGCAUAAACUGGAAUUGAAAGCUUAUGAACAAGCGUUGCAAUAUUCCUCGUACGGCUCAGGGAUGUCGUCCAGUUUGCCCAUGGCCGGGAGAGCCAGCAUGGACCCAUCGGCUUUAGAGGCCUCGUACUAUCAAGGUGUGUAUUCCAGGCCGGUUCUUAAUACGUCUUAGUUUUCAUUUUCACCAGCGGUCGACGAAAAAACUUAAUUUUAUUUUUUUGCAUGCACCUGGUGCAUAAAGAACUGUUACUUUAAAGUAUAAAGAAAUGUGUAUGUGUAUAAUAAAAUAUUGUAAAGUGUUCCCAUUGAAUGAUUGUAUAUCCCAGUUAUAAAUCAUUGCUAGUGUAUUUAAAAUCAUUUUGAGCUUGUAAAAAUACUUGUUGUAAUCCCCAAAACUUGUAGUUCCCCAUCAUAUGUUCAUGUGUUUCAACGUGCACGAAAGAAGGUCAACUUUUGUCCUGUAGAAUUAAAAAGUUGUCGCUGGUAAAAAAAAAACCAUGCCCCUGUAUGUUCCAGAUGUAUUUGAAUGUUGUCAUUUUACUCAUUGUUUUGGGGUUUAUUUGCCUCGUUUUGACAAAAACACUUUAAAUCCCAAUCUUGUACUGAAAUAAAUUAAUCCAAGGUGGAAAUGCAUUCUGAAUAAAAUAUGUAUUUCUUAA